CUGCGACAAAGCUGCCAACUGACUGUUAAAUAGGUCAUACUGCCAUGGACUGCAAGAAUCCAAAAGUGAUCGACAAUGCCCAUGUCGCUGAGAAAUCCGAGGGUGAGGCCUGGACCUUGCUCAAGGAGGCCAGUGACGAACGAGACAUCACCGACUUCAAGGAAGCCGUCCAAAUCCUGUCCAAGACCGCGCCCGAUUACACCUAUCCUCGUCUCGAGAAAGAAUUCCGCAAGCGUGGCUACAAUAUCUAUCUCAUUGCGAUGGUUCGUCUGAUCUUUUCCAUGGGUGCUGCGUGUCUCGUCUUUACUAAUACUGCCACAGGAGAAAGAUCAUGGUGAUACCUGGACCAAUGUCAAUCUUCAAGGUGAAGUCGGCAAGAAGUAUGCUGUUAGC